UUUCAGGAUAAAACAAUUAUGCAUUUAGAGAUAUGUAACUUUUAAUAUACAACAUUUUUCUAUAAUUUGAGUCAUACCAAAGAUCUUUCCGGACUUUCUUCCUUACCCGAGUGAGGAUAUUGUGUAACAGAGUUAUUUCCCUUUCAAACACGGAAGUUGACACGAUAAAAUGGUUUUCUGCAGCAUGUCAUCUUAGCAUGGACAUUCAAGAUCGUAGGAUGUGUAUACAGACACAGAUAAUGAGGGUCUAAAUGAGUUUUAAGCAAAAUGUCUCAUGAAUGUGCAUUCUGUGGCAAGGCAUUUGCAUUGCAGAAAAAACUGCAGAGACAUAUUAGAAUACACACAGAUCGUAAGCCUCACAAAUGUGAAGUAUGCGGAAAGGGUUUCAGUGAGCCAGGGAAACUACAGGUCCACAACAGGAUCCAUACAGGAGAGAGGCCUUUUGAGUGCGGCACGUGCGGUAAAGGUUUCUGCGAGGCAGGGAAGCUUAGGAAGCACAUCAGGGUACAUACAGGCGAAAAGCCAUUUCCAUGUCAUGUCUGCAAUAAAAGUUUUGCCGAGACGGGAGCUUUACAGAGACAUCUUAUGGUACAUGUGAAAAACCAAACACAUUUCAAUUGCGAGGCCUGCGGUGAUAAAUUCAUGGUAAAGGAGGAGCUGGCAAGACAUAUGAGGAUACACAUUGUAGAGAAACCACAUCAGUGUGACAUCUGUGGUAUGGCAUUUAAUCUGACAGAGAGUCUGCAGCAGCAUGUCAAGAUACAUUCUGGUAAAAUGCCGUAUAGAAAUAUAAGGUGCGUCGAUGACGGAAUAAGUGAUGACUCCGACAGUCAGGAAGUCGGUAAAACACAUAUAGCAGAAAAAAUGUACAAAUGUGAUAUCUGCGGUAGAGAAUUCAGUAAACCAGGUAAUCUACAACGACACACAGCAAAACAUGAGGAUGAGAAAGCAUGGCCGCCACAUUGUGAGUUAUGCGGGAAGACAUUUACAGAAGUGGGAAGUCUACGUAGACACUCAAUGAUACACACUGGAGAGCGGCCAUUUGAAUGUGAAGUGUGCGGGAAGGGAUUUAGUCGUGCUGCACACCGCAGGAAACAUCUCGAGGUGCAUGCUACAGAAAAUUUGCACACUUGUGAGAUCUGUGGAAAGUCUUUCACUCAAAUUGUUAGACUGCAGGUGCACAUGAGAAAACACACUGGUGAAAAGCGUUUUAAAUGUUCUGUAUGUGAGAAGGGAUUUGAUGUGGCAGGAAAGCUCCAGAGACACAUUUUGAUACAUACGGGCCUCAAACCUCAUAAGUGUGACUUAUGUGGGAAAACUUUCAGAGAGAAGGGAACCUUGAACAAACAUCUCCGCACACAUUUAAAAGAUAAAAGGUUUGAAUGUGAAGUGUGUCAUAAGUUUUUUGGUGAGACCAGGAAUUUACACAGACACAUGAAAAUUCAUACUGGAGAAAAACCGUACUCGUGUGAAGUCUGUGGGAAAGAUUUUGGUGAAUCUGGACAUUUAAAAACUCACAUGACUAUACACUCUGGAGAGAAGCCGUUCAUUUGUGAUAUUUGUGGAAAAGACUUCGGUACAACUGGAAGUCUACAAAGACAUUUACGAAGACAUUUGGGUGAAAAACCACACAAAUGUGACCUCUGUGAUAAAGCAUUUGUUGAAUCAUGGACGUUACAAGUUCAUCGCCGCAUGCAUACGGGGGAAAAACCGUUCGAGUGUGAAAUUUGUGGCAAAACGUUCAGCCAGACGGGCUCUCUUCAGAAACACAACAGGGUUCAUACAGGGGAAAAGCCAUAUAAAUGUGAAAUAUGUGGAAAGGCAUUUAGUGAGUCGGGCAAAGUUAGAAGACAUCUUAGAAUGCAUGAAAGAAAUGAGGGCGUAAAAUCUGAGCCUUCUGAUAGUGAUUUACCAGUCAAGGUGAUGGUGACAGAGGAUAAUGUUAUGCAUAUGUUAAAUGUAUGAUUACUAUAUUAAAGUAAAAAAUAUAUUCAUGUUUCAGUUACCAUAAAGUUAUUGAAAAAAUAUGGUAGGUCAGUUUGGAUAUUAAUAUUUUUUUUUUUUUUUUUUAGGGGGUCGGAAGGGCAGGGCUUUAGCUUAUUUAAAACUACAAAAAUCACCAAACAUUGUUAGGUCUUUUAAACCAUGAUUUGUUUUGAUACCUACCUUUGAAGUAGGGAGGGUAUUUUCAUGUAUAGUUCCUUGCUUAAUUUGUUUGUCCAAUUUAUUUUGCAUCCAGUGGACAAUCAGGUUAUUCCAAAACUAGAAUGGAUGUGUUUGAUUGAAAAUCGUCAGGGUCAAAGGUAAAAACCAGGGUAGGUCUGGGUUCCUGAAACAGGCAUUUGGUUUUUGCCUUAAGAUAUUUGAAUUAAUGAUUCUUACUCCCAGCUAGUGAAUUUAUUAAUGAUAUAUAAACAAAGUAAGUGAUCGAAGGCUUAUAACAUACACAUGUAGAUAUAGUCUGGGGCCCCCCUCCUGCUUUGUCAGUGACCUUUAGCCUGUUAACCUUUACAUACGACCACCAAAAUCUAUAGAAAUAAACGUCACUAAAAUAUAAAUGUAAAGUAAAUUUGUUGAGUGGUUAGUGAGAUAUUUUGUACACAAACAAUAUAUUUUCUUCAAAGGUGGUGAAGUGUUAUCUUUGACCUUGACCUUUGACACUUUAACCUUGACCGAUGGCCACCAAAAUCUAAACAGGUGUACAGGUAGAACUUGAUAUAAUAUAACUUUGUAUACUAACAUGGUGAACAAGGUUAAAUAUGAACUAAAUGUGUCAGGGGUUUAUAAGAGAUCUUGUAGUUGUACACAAUCUUUUUACUGCGGAUGGAUAGACACACUGAUUACCCUAUAUCCAACCUUCACUAGCUAGGUAGGGGGUAUUAUAACAGUAAUACUGUGCAUCUUGAAAAAUAUAAGAAAUUUACAUCAGUAGUUAAUUUUAUGAAACUAUAA